AUGGCCGCAUCGUUGACCUGCCUCAGCGCUGGGCCUGCAGCCUCGAGGCCCUCGGGCUGGAGCUGCCACCUCCUGGUGCUGAUGCUGCUGAACUCCGGUUACAAAGGAGACAACACCAAACCAGCUUGUGGCAAACCCUGGUGGCCGAAGAAUUUGGACGUGACCCGCCAUUGGCCCUGGGAGGUGAGCCUCCGAGUGGAAAAUGAGCAUGUGUGUGGAGGAGCCCUCAUUGAUCUCGACUGGGUAGUGACUGCUGCCCACUGCAUCCAAGGCACAAAAGAGUAUUCAGUGAUUCUCGGCACCUUCAAGCUGAAGCCCACGGACUCCACGAGGGCCCUCUUGAUCCCUGUGAGGGACCUCAUUACGCACCCCAAGUACUGGGGCCAGAACUUCAUCGCGGGUGAUGUUGCCCUCCUCCAGCUUCACACUCCUGUCGUCGUCAGCAAGUACGUGCAGCCCAUCUGCCUCCCGGAGCCCAACUACAACCUGAAGGUUGGGACGCAGUGCUGGGUGACUGGCUGGGGCCAGGUUAAACAGCGCUUCUCAGCCAACUCCACACUGACCCCAGAGUUGUGGGAGGCCGAGGUGUUUAUCAUGGGCAACAAGAUUUGUGACCGGAUUUACCACAAGAAGUCCCUCAUCCCCCGCGUUGUCCCCCUUGUCCUGGGGGACAUGAUCUGUGCCACCAAUUAUGGAGAAAACUUGUGUAGGGGGGACCCUGGGGGUCCGUUGGCUUGUGAAGUCGAGGAUAGAUGGAUUCUUGCUGGGGUGUUGUCCUGGGAAAAGGCCUGAGCCCAAGUACAUAAUCCAGGAGUGUACACCCGUAUCACCAAAUACAGCAAAUGGAUCAAGAAGCAAAUAAGCAAUGGGGUUCUCUCAGUCCUCUGCACCUCCUCCUGGCUCCUACUCCUGUCCUGGCUGCUGCAGCCCCAGAUGGGCCCCUGA